CUUGCCAGUGCACUCCCUCCCGCCAUCUCCUGCGCUUGGCGAAAGGAAGGGAGCCGCCAUGCUCCCAGCUCAGGGUGGGGUGUCCUUUGAAGAGGUGGCCGUGCAUUUCACCAAGGAGGAACGGGCCCUGCUGCGGCCCCCCCAAAGGGCGCUGUACAAGGAAGUCAUGCUGGAGAACUUUCGGAACGUGUCUUCUCUGGGUCCUCUGAUUGCUAAGCCCGAGCUCAUAUCCCAGCUUGAAGAGGAAGGAGAGGUGUUUCUUGGGAUCUUUGAUGAAGAGGAGGAGCUCCCAGGUAACUACUAUAUGUCCCUCGGGACUGUACUUUGCCUGUGCUUCCUUUUAAGAGCAGGUGGAUUUCUGUGAGGAUUACCGUCACUGUUUGACCUUCUCUUCCUUAGAGAUGGAAUGAGAUGUGAAUGUGGAAAUGGUGGCUGUAGUUCUGGAACCUAUGAAAACAGCCUGAUUCCUUGUACCCAGUCUGGUCGCUUAUUCACUGUCCACCCUCUGUGGCAGGGCUGUUCUCCAGGCACCUGGAACCCCUUUAAAUGAAGAUGCCAGACACUGAUCCUGAGAUCCUGGCACAUGGAAAGCAGGCAUUUUCCCACAGAGAAGACCCAGAGCAAUUCCAGAGAAUGCUCACACUAGUGCAUUUUACCUUCUUCUCCUCUCAGUUCACAACAGAGUUGUCAACAAUUGUGAGCAGUCUGGCACAUAGAGAUUUCCCAACAGGACAGCCCAGCACUAUAAACCCCCACGUCUUGCAGAGGCAAUCCUUGCUUUCUCACUACCUUUUAAGCCUUGGCCAGGAUUCAUCUGCAGUUGCCUCCUGUCAGUAUUAUAGAAGCAUGAAGGUGGUUUACUAAACAAAGGAACGUGCAGAAGUGGUGUGAGCAGUGGGUGUGUUGCACAGCAGAAGUCCUGACUGGUGGGGGAGGGGCACAGAAGAGUCACCUGUCGAGUAGAAGGGGGAACCUGGCUGUAGUGAAACUAAUAGGAUAUAGCACAGACUCUGGGGGAAUCUAUGGACUUUGAGAGAGGCUGCAGUCUGGACUUUUCUGAGAUUAUAAGGGCGGGAUGGUGAUGUUAUUUCCAAGAUUGGUCUGAAUGUAACCGAGACCCUCUAAUUUUCCCAUUCCAUUUCUGUAAUUAUUUUCCAUUCCUGCCUUCUUCCCAGGCUUAACUGAAAUAAAACAAAGUCGGAGAGGGAGAUAGUGGAAUUAAGAUUCUUUGGGGGACCCCUGCUCCUUCAUUAUGCUGAAAGGUUGGGUAGAGGGUUGGCUUAAACAUCUUCUGAGGUGCUUUUUUGAG